AUGGGAAUUUUAGGCCGUUGCUCUCAGAGGGGCGGCUACCUUUUGUCCUUCCCUAGACGCCAGAUCUCCGUCUUCCUCGGCGUCAUUUCUGGUAACGGGGCAGGCGAGGUGCGAAGCCUGCAGGAUGUGAGCGGCCGCGGCGCUGCGGUUUGCAGCCCUGGAGGAGCGGCGGCCCCGGCGGCUAGCCUGGUUCACUGUAACACAUCCAAAAAGAAAGAAGUCGAAGCUAAGUGUGAUCAGCGCAAGGUUGCUAUGGAGUUGCAGUUUCCAUUUUCAGUUCAAAUGCCCCUUAGCGGGUGUGCAGCCGAAGAAGUGUCUACAAGUGUGGAGGCCCAGUGUGCAGGUGUCUCGGAGGACAAUACCCAUUUGACAACAACCAGUCAAGGGUAUGUUUUACCAGAAGGAAAAAUCAUGCCGAACACAGUCUUUGUUGGUGGAAUUGAUAUAAGGAUGAAUGAAGCAGAAAUUCGAAGUUUCUUUGAAAGAUAUGGUACUGUGAAAGAGGUGAAAGUAAUCACUGACAGAACUGGUGUUUCCAAAGGGUAUGGAUUUGUAUCUUUUGUGGAAAAUGUGGAUGUUCAAAAAAUAGUAGAAUCGCAAAUCAACUUCCAUGGCAAAAAGCUGAAACUGGGGCCAGCGAUUAGAAAGCAACAGAACUUUUGUUCUUAUGUUCAUCCCAAACCGGUAGUCUUCAAUCCUCCUGCACCGCAAUUCCAUACUGUGUGGAGUAACCAAAAUACGGAGACGUACGUGCAGCCUCCAGCUGUAAUGAGCCCAGUAACACAGUAUGUUCAGACAUACCCAUACAGUUCACCAGCUUUAUUGAUACAGCAGCAAGUUCCUGUGGGAUACCAGCCAGCCUACAGCUAUCAGGUUCAACCCCAAUGGGUUGCUGGGGAGCAAAGAAACUAUGUCAUGCCUCCGGUUUAUGCUUCAGUAAGCUAUCACUGCGCAGAGGACCCAGAAUUCAUACAGACAGAAUGUGCUGUUCCAGAGCCUAUGCAGUCAUCUAGUAACUGUCCACAAAAGAAGUCUGUGGACAGGAGUAUACAAACAGUAGUAUCCUGUUUGCUUAAUCCUGAGAACCGUCUGAGGAACACCUUUGUAUCCCAAGAAGACUAUUUUAAGGAGAGGAAGGUGCAUCACUUCAGAAAAGGAAGAGCAGUACUCAAAAGUGUUUGA